AUGCUCAAGUGCGGCCCACCGCUGCUCCCUUCUCCGACGCGGCAAGCCAGCGCACACGCACAGCUCCACAACAAGCCUGUCGUUCUCACGUACGUGCUCGACAUGCCCAAGCAUGGGUUCCUCACGCCGAAGGCGAUCAGCAAUCGCAUCAAGGCCAAGGGUCUGUGCAAGCUGCGCUGGUACUGCGAGAUGUGCGUCAAGCAGUGCCGCGACGAAAACGGGUUCAAGUGCCAUCAGACAAGCGAGGGUCACCUCCGGCAGAUGAGAAUCUUCGCCGAGAACCCUGAGGCUGUGAUGAAGCAGUACUCGGAAGACUUCGAGAAGGAGUUCCUGGACGUGCUCAGCAGGCGCCACGGGACCAAGCGCGUGCGGGCGUCGCUGGUCUACAACGAGUUCAUCGCGCACAAGACCCACACCCACAUGAACUCCACGCACUGGGAGACGCUGACCUCGUUCGUCCUCUACCUUGGAAAGGUAAAGAAGGCCGUCGUGGACGAGACCGAGAAGGGCUGGUACAUCCAGUGGGUGGACCGAGACCCUCGCUUGCUGGCGAUGCAGGAGGCCGCCGCCAGGAGACAAAAGUCCGAUUUAGAUGAUGAAGAGAAGCAGGCAAGGGCGAUCGAGAAACAGAUACAGGCCGCGAAGGCCCGCGAUGAAGGCCGCGCCGACACCGACGCCGCCGCGGCGGGCCCGACAGAGCUCCGCCGUGAGGAGGGUCAAGCUUCCCUCCGAAUAGGCCUCAAGUCGCGCGCCCAGACGUUCGUGCCGGGCGGGGGUAGCGGCAGCGACCUCACCACCGCCGCCGGGAAUCUGGUCGCGGCGAACGGCGGCGGCGGCGGCAGCAGCAGCGGUAGCGGUAGCGGUGGCCUGUUGAAGAGACCGAAGCUGUCGGGUGCUUUCGGGGAGGGAGGUGCGGCGGCGGCGGCGGCGGCAGGGCCCGUCAAGGGUAAGGGGAAAGGUGCCAAGCGGAGCGUGAUGGAAGUGAUGAUGGAGCAGGAGAGGGCGAAGAAGAAGGCGAAGGAGGAGGAGGAGGAGGAAAAGGCGGCGGCAGCGGCUGAGGUUAAGGCCAAGGAUAGCAGCAGGAAGGACUACUGGCUGCGGCAGGGCAUCGUGGUGAAAGUGAUGAACAAGAGGGUCGGAGGUGGCAAGUACUACAAGAAGAAGGCCAGGUUGAGGAAGGUCGUCGAGCGGUACGUCGGAGAGGUGAAGAUGAUCGACUCCGGGGAUCGCCUGAGGGUGGACCAGGAUGACCUAGAGACGGUCAUCCCCGCGGUGGGCGGCGAGGUGCUGGUCGUCAAUGGCCGGUGUCGCGGGGAGCGCGCAACGCUGCUGUCUCUCGACACCGAAGCCUUCUCCGCCAGCGUUAGGAUAACGAGCGACGGCCCGGACCUCGGCACCGUCCUCGACAAAGUGGAGUACGAGGACAUCUGCAAGGCUGUGCCGGUGUCGGAGGCUUGAACUUUUUUAGGGAAUAUAUAUGCAUACUAUACAAAGAAAGAAAACCCGUUCGAGAGUCAACCGAUGUCGAAGGGGAUGGAUGGCAUCCCGCGGGCUCUCAGCACGGCAGGGCGGGGUUGGGGGGGCACCGGACGCACGCACACCGUAAAAAGAAGACGUUCGCUGCGUUGCGCGGAAUUGGCAGACCCUUCUCGAUGACCAUGCGUUUUUGUCGGCCACGUUCUCUUUCUCUCUUCCCCCAAAUUCGUUUUUGUAAAGUUGAGGUUUGGGUUCUGUAGCAGCAAAUCACCCUCCUUGCGUCCUAACCGGCCUAGAAAAGAAUUAACACAGUCGGCUUUCCGGAGAAUAAGAUUCCGCGGCGGGGGGGGCGAUGCGGACGGUAGACGACUGCGGGAAAAAAGCAAUCACGUUGCGAUGAGAGCCGGGCGUUUGCGUUACACAACUAUGGUCAGUUUUUAGCUUUGCCGCCUCCUUCGCCCAGAUUGUCGGGUGUGCUUUGGGAGGAACAGGGGAUGGCUGGGCCACCUCAUGGUCACCAUCUGCUUUUCAUCCCGCCGUAGCCAUUUACCAGUAGUCUAUAAUGUUGAGGUGGAUGAGACAGAGGAGUAAAGAGAACGCCCGCGCUUUUCCUCCCUUGGUGGAGUCUGCUCCUUCCGGCCGAAAUCUGGUCUACCGACGUCUGGCUUGGUGGUUCAUGACGUCAUCCAGUGUGCCUUGCGACGCCACAGUUGGAAGUUGAUGAUGGAGGCCAAGCGCCGCUGUUCGUGGAAGUGUGAAUACGUGUUUUGGUCGGCUCCUGACGGCGUGUGAGUAUUGUAUGCGUACUACGUUUUCCGUUGGUUGCUGACAGAACGUGUUGGAAUGCUGCGACAGCAGAGGCAUCAGCGCCAUAGGUAGAGGCUCCUGCUCGUGUGUUCCGCCGUGCCAAACCUGACGAGAUUCAUUCCUCUUUUGUUGUUGGAGAGGCUUCAGGUUUUUGUUGAGAAUGUUGUGCCGGCGUCGUGAAACGAGUAACGUAUGAUACGAUGUUGAAAGCCUCCAAGAACCUGUGGUUUUUGUUACGUGACAAUCAAUCAACUAGACGCAUCAUGUGUGCUCUACUUGUUGCCGCGCUGAGUUCAUCCCGGG